GGUGCUGCUCAGCAUCCCGGAAGUUCAGCAUCAUUUGCUCUUUCAGGAAGAGACGCAUCAUCGUCAGAGCUUUGUCAACAACGGGGACAGUGGCAAAAACAUCGGCCUGCCCGGCAGAAAUUCACUCCUUUGUGCCAGUGGGAUUCAUAUGAAAAGGACAAAUGAAGUGACCAACAGGAUACAAUGUCAUCGUUCCAGGUGGUGGACUCGUCGCCGGGCAGCAGCGUCAGCGUCAUGGAAACGUCCAACUUCGCCCACGUCAUCUUCCAGAAUGUGGGGAAGAGUUUCCUACCGCAGGCGCCCCUGGAGUGUCGCUACACCCUGACCCCUUACAUCACUCCCCACCCCAAAGACUGGGUGGGCAUCUUCAAGGUGGGUUGGAGCACAGCCAGAGACUACUACACCUUCCUUUGGUCUCCAAUGCCUGAAAACUACGAACCAGGAAGUACUGUGCACAGGACUGUGGUGUUUCAAGGUUAUUAUGUUCCCAAAUCUGACGGAGAGUUUUACCAGUUUUGUUAUGUCACGCACUCUGGUGACAUCAGAGGAGCCAGCACUCCCUUCCAGUUCAGGUCGGCCACGCCCACAGAAGAGCUUCUGACUGUUACCGAGGACGACAGCAACUCAGAUAUACUGGUCGUCACCACCAAGAGCGGCCUGCUAGAGCAUGUGGAGGAGGCGCAGCAGGAGCGCAGGGAGCUGCUGAAGGCCAUGCGUAUCCUCCAAGAGGAGAAACAACAGCUGCAGGAGGAGCAAAAACGACUGGCCAGGGAGCGGGAACAGGAGAGGGAGACGUGCUGCCUGCUGCGAACACACAACCAGGAGCUGCUGCGCUCAUCGCAGGGCCUGUCAGAAGAGAGGGAGGACGUGAGGAGGAGACUGACAGAGGCCACAGACAGGGUCCGCCAGCUGGAGGAGGACCUGCUGGGAGUCACCCAGCGAGGCCUGCAAAAGGAGACAGAGCUCGAUUGCCUGCGUGACCGUCUGAAGAAGCUGACCGCAGAGAGAGACAGCCUGGAGAGCCAGCUGAAGAACGAGAAGGAUGAGAGAGACCUGUACAAGGCCCACCUACGCAGCACCGAGCUAGAGAACACUAAGCUGAGCGCAGAGCUGCAGAUGCUGAAGGCGGUGGAACUGAACCGGGAGGUGACCAUCGCCCAGUUCCAGGAGGAGCUGGACAGGCUCAGGGUCUGUGUUGCCCAGCGGGACAGCCUGGAGAAAGAGCUGCUGGCACACAAGACUGACAAGGCAAUGGCAGAUCUGGCCCGUGUGCGUGAGCAGCUCCGUCAGGCAGAGGAGCAGCUUCAAGCGUCCCGGCAGCAGGCGUCCCUGCUGGCCUCGGAGCUCCGCGACUCAGCCAGUGCCCGUGACCACACAAUGACCGAGCUGUACCGCGCCCGCUUGGAAGCCGACAAGCUCCGUGCCAGUCUUGCUGAUGCUCAGGCCGAGUGCCAACGCAUGGAGAGCCAGCUGGACCGCAUGAGGAGCACUGCACAGAAGGAAGUGGGUGUUGGGACUAGUGGGGAGAUGACACCCAGCAUGAUGGUGGUGUCAGAGGCAGAGGCUGAGCUGCAGAGAGAGGUGGAGGAGCUGAAGCUGCGCCUUCACAUGGCUGCUGAGCACUACAAGGAGAAGUACCGGGAGUGUCAGCGCCUCCGCAGGCAGGUGGCCAAACUGAAUACAACUGAGGCACAGGGGGAGCCAAAGAGAAACGCAUCAACCGAGACAACACAGGAGCCACUGACCCCGAGUCCAGAGUCACCAACAGCAGGGAAUAUAGCCACUGCAGUCCUACAAGAAGCCGCUGAGAUGACAAUCACUCCAGAACUUAAUAACAGGGAAUCCACAUAUGCUGAUUUAUACAACAGCACAGAGAGAGAAGAAAGGCAGAGAGAGAAAAUGCCAAAGGAGUUGGCCGAGAUGGAGGCUGAGGGAGAAGCAAACCAAGGGGAGGACGGGGAGAAGGAAAACAAAGAGAAAGAAAGAGAGGAGAAGAAGGACAGCCUGCCAGAGGAGAGCCUGAAGAUGACGAGCUGGGUGGAGGUGGAGAACGAGAGGCGGAGUGCCGAAGAGAACGGCGAGGCGGAGGCGGCCGGGAACGCGGAGGGAGAGAAGGAUGUGAAGGAAGAGCAGGUGCUGCUGGAGGUGGAGGGGAGGAGCACGGAGGAGGCGGAAAAGGCACAGACUCGCUCGGUGGAGGAGGAGCUGGCGAUGAUGGAGGAGAAGUGGAAGCAGCAGUGUGCGAUCAAUGAGACGCUCAAGCAGCGGCUGGCCAAUGAGGAGGAACGAUUCAGAGUGCACAUGGCAGAGCGAGCUAGCGAGGUGACAGAGCUGAAACGCAACCUCGCCCAGGCACUUCGAGACAAGGAGCAACUACAGGAGGAGCUGCAGCGCUUCGUGUCCAGGCAGAGGGAGCAGGAAGCUGGCGUCCAGGGUGCUGAGAUCAGGCAGCCGAUGGUGCUGCGCUACCCCCUGCCAUACCCUCAGGACCCCUCCCCUCCACCACUGGUCCCACACAGGCCUGCUGAGCUGCAGUAUGGCAAUCCAUACUCCACUGACACCACAAGAGACCGGGUGGAUGUCGCGCUGUCUCCUGAGCACAUGUCCCGUCCUCCACCUGAGGCCCCGCCUUGCGCCCCUCCCUGUGCACCCCCGAUCACGCCCCCGAGUCCGGGCCCUGGGGCACCAGGCUGGGAACAAGAGGUGGUCUGCAUCCAGCCCUCCCGCAGCACGAGCCCCCCUGAGAGCCUGGAGCAUCCGCCUGAGGAGCCACGAAGUGCUGCUGAUGGGGCUCAGCCGUCCUGUGAUCAUCAGUCCAGUAGACGUAAAGACGCCAGGGGCAGCUUCUGCUUUGACUCCAGUAGUGACGUUCACAAGCGCUGCCCGUUAUGCGAGGUGAUCUUCCCGCCCCACUUUGAGCAGCGCAGCUUCGAGCAGCAUGUGGAAAGCCACUGGAAGGUGUGCCCCGUCUGCUCUGAGCAGUUCCCCCUUAACUGUCAGCAGCAGCUCUUCGAGAGGCACGUCCUCACGCACUUUGACGGCCACGUGCUCAACUUCGAGCAGAUCGAGUGAAGGAUGCAAAGGGCAAACCUAGAAUUCUGACAUAACGUAUGGGUAAAUGUGUGUUGUCAGCUAUUAGUUAAUUUCGAUUGGGUUGAGUUGUCUCGUUAAUAUACAAUCAUUAGCACUUUUUCGCAAUCUUAACUAAGGUUAGAAAGAAUGUAGUCCACUUCUGAAAGGAAGCAAAGAUGUUUUUUUAAAGUAGGGUAGCUUUCACCUUAAAACACCAUGGGUAAAAGGAUCUGUAACACUCACAAAAAGUGCCACAGUCCUUUACUUUUCUAUCAUUUUUAUGCUCUUCUUUCUGCUUCAGGGGACUAAAGCACCAUUGGUAGUGCAUGCAUUUACUGUGUUCAAAAUGACAAAAUUAUAGCUGUUAAAGCGAAAGGGAUGAAUUGUAGCAGGAGCUUCAAGAGAAAGCAUUUUAGUAUGUUGAUGUCCCUGAAUAUUAUUUACAGUUACUCUCAUGCGAUAUAACAGCCAAAACAUCUUCAUCUUUGAAUUGUCCACGAUUCAUAGCUCGUGCACAGAAGGGAUAUGUUUUUUUAAGUGUAAAUGCAGAGUGAGAUCUGAUUAUGUGAUGUCUUAAAGAGUCAUCUGAGUGUGUAUAUUUAAAUGAAGAUUGGUACGGAGGAGACUUUUUUCGUUGACUUGAAUGGGAACUGAUUUUUCCCAGAACCACAGUACUGCUGUACGUAUAAGACGUCAGAUGGUUGAAACAAAAACAGCACUACGUUUUCAUGUAUCUGCACUAAAUAAGGCUUUAUUCUGAAUGUACUGUACAUAUGAAAAUAAGUAUAAGUUGUGGAGAGACCUGUGAAUUACUGUCGUGACCCUGCCUCCCCUCAUUGUUACUUCCUUCCAUGUUUUAGCAAUGAAAGAAUGGUGGACCAAUGAUGUUUUACUUUGGUUAGUUGGUCAGAAAACUGGGCUGGUCUCUUUAUUUGAUCUGAAAUAACUGUCAAACAGGCAAACAGACUGCAGGACACUAAGUUCCAGACUCUUUUCUCGUUACGUACUUCCACGUUUUAAAGUUAGAACUGUGAAGAAAAGUCAUCGCUUCGUGUGCAGGUCCAAAUCAUGAGCGAGUGUCAUAUCUGUGUGUCUCCACAUCACCGCUUGUCUAUUUUCUGUCAUUACAAAGUGAACCCUGACAGUGUUGUAUUCAGGCUUUAAAAAUUGCACAUGCCCAGUAAUCACAAAGGCAAAAUGUGUGUGUAUGUCAUGUGUCCGAUGCAGCCCCCUUUUCAUGUGAGAAUGUCAGGACGGUGGUUUAAGUGUGUACUGCAAAGAUCUUUAUGAAUAAA